AUGACUUCCAAGAUACAAAUAUUAUCAAUCCUAGGCAUGUUGGCCAUGUUCUUUCUUAUCUCCACGGAGGUGUUAGCCACUGGAUUACAUGGUGUUGGUGUUGGUGGUGGAUUACCUGGUGUUGGUGUUAGCGCUGGAUUACCUGGUGUUGGCACUGGAUUACAUGGUGUUGGCGGCGCUGGAUUAUCUGGUGCUGGUGGCGUUGGAUUAUCUGCCGACGCGGGAUUAUCUCGUGCUGGUGACGCUGGAUUAUCUGGUGCUGGUGGCGGCCGUCGUGGUCGUGCUGGCUCCCCUUCUUAUCAUGCAAGUUCCCCCAGUGGUGGUGUCAAAUAA